AUGGAACACUCGAAAGAAUCCGAAUUUCUGAACCUGACAAUACUCGAACACUUCUCGGAUAUGGACCUUGUGCACGUACACUGUAAACAACAAUUAAUAAACCUUAACUGCCUUCCUCAUAUAAGAUCAUUGGGCAAACUUUUAGUUGCCAGAUCAGAAAUACUGAAAAAUCGUACGCAUCGUUUGUAUUACGUGUUACCACGAUUUGGUAUGAUAUUACCACUAGACGACAAUAUCUCGUAUGAUGUGUUCUAUGAUUGGUUACAUUACAAAAACGUAAAUAAUGUGUAUGCAGUCAUUGAGAAUCUCACAACAACCGAUUUCAAAAAAGUAGUGACGUUGUAUUUGAAUCAAAUGCCUACAUUAGAUAUGGAACCAGCCAAUCGUAUUUUCAAGCAAACGAUCGCCAAACCAUUUAGUCACCGUCCCAUGGAACCGGAAAUAGAUUCACCAGAUACACCGUCUUCUAUCAAACCGUAA